CGCCGCCGCCGCCGCCGCCGCUGCCGCCGCCGCCGAUCCGGGAGCCGGGCUAGUUGCUGCCGCAGCUGCUGCACGCCGCCGCCGCCGCCGCCGCAGGAGGAGGAAGAGGAGUGGGCUCGGGAAGGAAGCGGUCAUCGCGCUCGGCCCUUUGCUCGCUAGUGUCUUUACCCCCUUUGUAGUCCUCCCACGGGAAUGACCAUGGAUAAAAGUGAGCUGGUCCAGAAAGCCAAACUCGCCGAGCAGGCUGAGCGCUAUGAUGACAUGGCUGCAGCUAUGAAGGCAGUCACGGAGCAGGGACACGAACUCUCCAAUGAAGAACGAAAUCUGCUUUCUGUUGCCUACAAGAAUGUGGUUGGUGCUCGCCGUUCUUCCUGGCGUGUCAUCUCCAGCAUUGAACAGAAAACAGAGAGGAAUGAGAAGAAACAGCAAAUGGGCAAAGAGUACCGUGAGAAGAUAGAGGCAGAACUGCAAGACAUCUGCAAUGAUGUUCUGGAGCUGUUGGACAAAUAUCUUAUUCCCAAUGCUACACAACCAGAAAGUAAGGUAUUCUACUUGAAAAUGAAAGGAGAUUAUUUUAGAUAUCUUUCUGAGGUGGCAUCUGGAGACAAUAAACAAACCACUGUGUCGAACUCCCAGCAGGCUUACCAGGAAGCAUUUGAAAUUAGUAAGAAAGAAAUGCAGCCUACACACCCAAUUCGACUUGGACUGGCGCUUAAUUUCUCAGUCUUUUACUAUGAGAUUCUAAACUCUCCUGAGAAGGCUUGCAGUCUGGCAAAAACGGCAUUUGAUGAAGCGAUUGCUGAAUUGGAUACCCUGAAUGAAGAGUCUUACAAAGACAGCACUCUCAUCAUGCAGUUGCUCAGGGAUAAUCUCACUCUGUGGACGUCGGAAAACCAGGGAGAUGAAGGAGAUGCUGGGGAGGGAGAGAACUAAUGUUUAUCAUGCUUUGUGAUCUGUUCACUGUCACUCUGUAUCCUCCACAUAUAUCCCUUUGUGCGAUAAAAAAAAAAUUGUAUGUUGACUUUCAAUUUUUCACAGCCUCAGCCUAGCAAAAAUGGUCCAUGGGAUGAACUGUUGGUAUUUGUAUCUAAAAUUCAGAUUGGUCACAUAAAUGCCACGGCAUUCUGAAGUUCUGAUUUUGAUUAACAUUGACAGGAUUACUGUGUGUUUAAUUUUUUAAAACUGAACACUGUGAUUAUGGGGUUUUGUAACUUAUUUGAACUCUUACUGGUAGAAAAAAAAAAUAGACCUGAAUUAUGUGUAACGUUUUGGAAAGCUUAAUCUGAUAUCAAAAUAAUCACUGAAUUACAGUUCCAUUGUAAAGUUGUACAGAAAGUUAUAGAGAUUAUAUUGUGACUCUGAGACUUGGAGUGAGACACCUAUCAUUGGAAUUCAAGUUUAUUGCUAGUUCAUAGUGAUUCUGCCUGUAACUGCAGGUUUAGAGACACUUGGCCAGUUUGGACUAUUGUCACUGGAAAGCUUAUAACCAUAGAUAUCCACAGUGUCUUCCUCUGAGGAAACCUGAAGGCCAAAAUUGAAAAUUUUUGUGGCAGAUAACUGGGUUAUGACAUGAUAAAGUCCAGUGUUCAUAUAACACACGUGACUAAAGCCCCUUUCCUACAGCAAUAUGUUACUGAUUUGCAAUUUGUGUUUCAAUAGUGGAAUGUUUUCCUUUUACGAUGAGCUAAAGAAGAAGGAAAAAAAAAGCCGUGUAUCUUAUGAAUGGCCUUAUCUGUUUCCUGGAUAAUACCUUUCAGAAUUAUGUUCUGCAGAGAUAGCCUUUCACAUGAAGAGUAUUCAGUCUUUAGGUUCUUCCUAGCUCUCAGAACUUUUAAAUUGUGACACACACACACACACCCACACACACACACUGUCCCUUUUGAUUCUGACUCUGGUCUUCUCUUUACUCUUUAAUUUUCUGCUUCCUUAUAUUCCCCCCCCCCCCUUUGAGUUUGACUUUAUUUUAUUAUAGUUUCUUAAACUACCUGGGCAGGGGUGAGGGCCUGGAUGGAGUGAGAGAACUUGGUAUGUAAGCACUUUGGUGAAUAGACCUUGCAUCAAACAGUUGGGAAGAGUUUCUCUCUGCCUUCCUCCAGUUCUUAGUAUGGUUGGUUGUUCUUCAGCCAUACUGAACCCUGAAUCAAAAAAAGUAUUCUUAAGUAUCUGAUUUUUCCCUGUAUUGCAGCCGUCCUGAUAAUGCUUGUGAGUACGUGUCACUUAAAUCUCCCAGUCCUCUCACCCAGCCAAGUUCACAGACAUGUUUAAACAAGACCAAAUAAUGUGGAGAAGUUGCAUGAACACUGCAAUGGGGAGAAUCAAGAUUAGCCAGGCCUACCAGUCUCACAAAAUCCCCCACUCCUCUUAACAUUCCACCUAGCUAUAGUGCCCUUCUGUUGUCCACCUGCUGAAAUGAGAAAAGAAACAUUCAUGCACUGAUGUAAAACAAACCAAAAAAAAAGAAAAAAAAUCCCUCUCCUUUCUAGCUGAACAAAAAUGUGCAGUUAAUAUUUGGCGCUUGAAAAUGCAGUAGUGAAUGUGGAACGAGCCUGUCUGUAUAUCUGGUAGCUCUUUUUUGCUUUGUUUUUCCUUACCAGUAUUCUGCCUCACGUUUGCUUCUGUGAUGGUUAUAUUGCCUAGCAAGCACACCGUGAUUGUGAAAAUAGUAUAGCAAAAAAAUAAAUAAAGGAAAAAUCCCCGGUUAUUGAUGUACUAGAUUUGUGUAUGUCUUUUAAACAGUUCUAGUUUCCACCUUACAUGGAAUAAUCAGGAAAUGUGUAAAAAUUCAAAAGUGAAAUAAAAAAUUUUAUCAGUCA